AAUCCCAGUAUUCUGCGUGCAUGCAUGUAUCCCACGGAACAACAAGCCCAACAGACCGCUCAAAGGUGGAUUCGUUCCUUCUUCCUUCACUUCUUGGGUGCGUGUGCAAGUGCCACGACUCUGUGUACAGUGCCCUAUUUUUUUCUUCUUCCGUCAAAGACCCGCUCCUGGACAAUGCGUAAUGUUUGCGUGAGUGUUUUUAUUUUAACUUCUGUGUGUUAUAUCGUAGGGGCUUCUAUCUUCAUCGGACACUGGCUGUUCUAUGGGCAUGACAGAAAUUACGAGAAACAGGAUACAAAAUCAAAAGGCCCAGGUGUGUGUGUACACAUACACUUGCACUGUCAACUGUCGGUCAGAAAAGAGGCCAAAGGGCACCAACAAACCACACCCACCGAGUAAUGUAAAUGUACUCUGCUGAUCAUACGAUCUAUGUACCUCUAAUCUUCAAACCCUUUAAUCCUCUACGGCACGCCGAUCUUGGGAUCGUCCAUCUUUGACGGACUAUAAACCGACUGCC